UCCGUGACGUCACUCACAGUGGAGCAGGGCCGCGACGUGACGAUGGGCUGCGCCGCCCAGGGGAACCCGCCGCCCACCUUCACGUGGUGGCACGAGUCCGGGACGCCGGUGGCUUCUUCCGGGCGCGUGUGGGCCUCGCAGGAGGCGCUGCACAUCCUGGGGGCGCGGCAGGAGGACGCGGGAAGGUGGGAGUGUCGAGUAAACAACGCCUUCGGUGAGCAGAGGGUGCACGCCUCGCUGCAGGUCACCGCACCGCUCGCCGUACACGUCACACCACACCUGCUGGUGGUGAACUCGGGAGAGGCGGCUACGUUCAACUGCACAGUGUCUGGCUCACCAGUGGCCAGCGUGGAGUGGCUGCACAACGCGGAGCCCCUGCCUGCUGGUCGCGCGAGGCUGUUGUCCCCGCUGGUGCUCCAUGUCACUGCAGCGUCGCGAGCCCACCGCGGCGUCUACCAGUGCGUCGCCAGGGGCAACGGAGACAGCGCCCAGGCCAGCGCGGAACUCAGGCUCGGAGACACGGUGCCUGAGCUGCAGUGGACGUUCGUGGAGCAGGCGCUGAGCCCCGGGCCCGCGGUGUCUCUGCGCUGCGCCGCCGCCGGCAGCCCGCCCCCGCAGUUCAUCUGGAGGCUGGACGGACGGCCCCUCAACGCCGCCCGUCUGGGACACAGGUAUACGAUUGGCCAGUAUGUGGAUCAGAGAGGUGACGUCAUCAGCCAUGUAAACAUAUCCUCCGUGCGUGUUCAAGAUGGGGGACUGUACAGCUGCAGUGCUACCAACUCCAUGGGCACUGUAUCCCACGAGGCCAGACUCAACGUUUACGGUCCUCCUUACGUUCGGCCCUCCGCGGGCCCUGUGCGGGCCGUGGAGUCUGGGCAGGUGACGCUACGUUGCCCGUACGCCGGCUACCCAAUCAGCGGCGUCUCCUGGGAGCGACGUGGCAGCCCUCUAGCGGCUGACCUGCGACACGAGCUGCGCGACGGUGGCGCCUCGCUGAGGCUGUUGCGCGUAGAUGCCGCUGCUGACGCCGGCGCCUACGUCUGCAAAGUGAGGGGCGCCAGCGGAGACGUUGCACGCGGGGAAGUCCUGCUCUCCGUCACCAGCCCGCCUGUGGUGACGCCGUUCUUCUUCCCGACCAACCUCCGAGAGGGCGGCAGGACCCAGAUCAGCUGCACCGUGUCCUCUGGUGACCUACCCAUCCGCUUCUCCUGGCUCAAGGACAACGCUCCCAUUCCAAAGGCUCUCCAGGUGACUGAGAAACACGCGGGCGAGUUCUACAGCUUCCUGGCGUUCAGCAAGCUGUCUGCCGACCACACGGGCACCUACACCUGCGUCGCCUCCAACAACGCAGCCAGCGCCAACCACUCGGCGCAGCUGCAGGUCAACGUGUCGCCGCGGUGGCUGAUACAGCCCAAGGACACGUCUGCCUUGGCUGGUAGCCCAGUGACUGUCCAUUGCCAAGUGCAGGGUUUCCCUCAACCUAUAGUCUCCUGGCUCCGCGGACAAGAUGGGAAAGCGUCAGACUUUCAGCCUCUGGGCUACAUGGAGUCACAUAUGGUGGUACUCGCCAACGGAACGCUGUCCAUAAACCCUGCCACGUCAUCGGAUGAAGGCUUCUACCUGUGCCGCGCCGACAACGGUAUUGGUGCCGGCCUCAGCAAGAUUGUCCAGCUAAACGUCAAUGAGCCAGCAAGAUUUGAUGUGAUGGAAAAAAACGUCACAGCUCUCCAUGGAGACAAGGUUGUUCUUAAAUGUGAUGUCAGAGGAGAUCAUCCAAUAAAUGUGGAUUGGCUGUUCAAUGGGCAGAAUCUUCAUCACAGCUAUAGAAUGAGUGUAUCUGAAAUGAAGACAGACAAAGGUCUGCAGUCACAGCUGGUAAUCACUCAGACUGAUCGACUGGAUUCUGGCCUUUAUAUGUGCCAUGCAAGCAAUUCAUUUGGGCACAGUGAGCAACUCAUCCACCUGGCUAUUCAAGAGCCACCUGAUCCACCUAUUGAUGUGAAAGUGAUUGAGGUGAACAGCAGAUCAAUUCAUUUGGCAUGGCGUCCCCCAUUUGAUGGACACAGCUCCCUGACUGGCUACCUGAUCCAGUACAAGCAGGCUACAAAUCCCAUAAGUGAUUGGCAACAUACAGCAACUGUCAAUGUCUCGGUUCCAGUUGUGGGAGCUGACAUAACAAGUAAGAAGGUAAAUGCUGUGAAGGUUGCGGUCAUCAGUGACUUACACCCUGCAACCACUUACAAUAUACGAAUGCUGGCAUUAAAUGACAUUCAAGCCAGUGACUUCACGGAACCAUUGACAGUGAAGACACAGGAAGAAGCUCCAGUUGGGCCUCCACUGGAUGUGCAGGCAGCAACCACUGAUUUGGAUGAAGUGCUUGUUACAUGGAAGCCUCCUAUACCAGAUUCUUGGAAUGGAGACAUCUUGGGCUACAUUGUCCACUGGAACAUUCAUGGUUCUCCUGUACUUGUGAAUAACACUACAAACAAACAUAUUGUCAGAGGUUCAGCAAGUACAGAGUUACGCCUGAAACGUUUGAAGAAGUUCACCCGAUAUAACAUAUAUGUGCAGGCUUUCAAUGCUGUAGGAUCAGGACCUAAAUCUGCACCUGUUGCUGUCACAACUCCUGAAGGAGUUCCUGAGGCUCCACCUCUGAAUGUAACAUGUUCUGCAUUGUCGUCACAAAGUAUGAAAGUGAGCUGGGGUCCACCACCUGCUGGAUUCCAUGGGGGUAUUAUUCGAGGCUAUAAAGUUGUCUAUAAGCCUGUCAUUUCAGACUCAAAUGUACAUUUGUCCAGGAGUGAAGUGAAAAGAACACCUAGCCUAGAAACUUACCUUCAUGGUCUGCUGAAAUACACCAAUUAUUCUGUUAGAUUAUCAGCUUACACAGAUGUUGGCGAAGGAGCCUCAAGCAACUCCAUUUUUUGCAAUACUGAACAAGAUGUUCCUGGACCACCAGCUGGUAUCAAAGCAUUGUCUCUGACAUCCGAUUCUGUACUGGUUUCAUGGUUGCCACCAAAGUACCCAAAUGGUAUUAUUACGCAGUACACAGUAUACUGCAAGAAGAAACAUCAUCCACCAAGGUCACAGCCAGUAAUCUUCCAAGUGAGUUUAUCAGUGACAAUGCAUGAAGUUCGUGGACUGAAGGAGUUGGAGCAGUAUGAUUUUUGGGUGACAGCUUCAACAGUUGCUGGUGAGGGCGACAGUACCAGAUUGGUUUCUCAGGCACCUAAUUCAAGAGCACCAGCUCGUAUUGCAUCCUUUUCACAAAUUUUGCAUCGUGCAUUGAAGUCAAGUGUGACUGUACCUUGCAUUGCUGUUGGAAAUCCAACACCAAAUGUUCAGUGGCUUCGUGGGAAGCAAAUACUCCAUUCAGAGGCAAAGUAUAGUAUAUCACAAGGAUCGCUUCACAUUUCGAGGUAUCUGCUGAAAUACAAACGAGAUCAUGGUAGCUGGCAGGAAGUACACAUGGAAACUGAAAAGAAUUCUUAUACGUUACAAAAUCUGGAUUGUGGUGCUACAUAUUACAUGUUACUGAAAGCACACAAUAUAGUUGGAGAAAGUUCUUCCAGUUCUGUUGUAAAUGCCAGCACCAAAGGAAAGGAACCAGAGGUACCAAGCACCAACAUUCUUCUGUCAGCAAAUGCAACCUCCCUCUACUUGAAUCUUCCAUCCUGGCCUGAUGGAGGAUGUUCUAUGUUGUACUUUGUCAUUGAAUAUCGUGUCCUAGGAACAGAAAAUGAGUGGAUCUUGGUUGACAACAAUUCACCACCAAAGACUUUCCUUGUUGGAGGCCUUCAACCUGCAACAUGGUACCAGUUUAGAAUUACAGCUCAUAACAGUGCUGGUUCAACAAGAGUGCAUUUCAAUGUUGCAACAACAACAGUUACAGGUGCAACUGUUGCUCCAAUGCAAGAAAGUCAGGUUCUUGCAAAUGUUGUUCAUUUUUAUGAAGAUCCGUAUGUAAUGGUACCAACAGUAUGUGCCACAGUUUUGCUUCUGUCAAGUGGACUGCUUGCAUAUGUUGCUAUACAAAAGAAGCACUGUCAAGAGGAUGGAGAGUACAAAGAAGAUCAGUGCAUACCUGAAAGUCCAAAUACUUGCAAAGCAGCUGCUGAAAUGGAGAACAAGAAAAAUUUCCAGCAGAUAUAUUUGUCAUCACCUUCCAAAGCAAAUGAACACCACAGUUCUAAACAAAUAGAUACAGUUUCUGAGCUGUAUGAGAUGAGCCCCUAUGCCACAUUUGCUGUGUCAUCAGACCACCACAGAAAAAAGUUAAUGGAUGCUUCAGGAGUGGAUCACACUUUACAGUUUAAAACAUUUGGACAUUCAGAAAAUGAGAGUUGCACUCAACAUGAACUUACUCAUCAAGUAAAUAUGGUUCAUUGGUAUGCUGCAUCAGAUGGAGAUAGAGGACAGCCAUCAUCCAGCCUACAUAGGAAAGGUAACAUGAAACAUCGUCACAACAAAUCCGACACAUGUCAGCACUCAGAUACCGAAACAAGUGGUAGCCCAUCUGCAAUAAGCAGUUAUAAAGUGCCUAUCAAGCACCCAACAGCAAGGAGUUUAGAACUAUACCAUCUUGAUUCAAGUACAGAGUCAAAUGAGACUUCUCCCCUUCCACAAAGAAGAAGGACUCAGCCUGUGCAUAGUGGCAAGAGAGGAAUGCAGCCACAUGCCAGGUAGUCAAGUGUAGAGUCAUAUUCUGCUGAGGAUGACGGCAGCUCCUCUGUGUACCAUCUGCAGCCUCCCUCCAGAUUCUCUGACAGUCGAGAGUUGAGCGAGGCUGAGUGUGAUCUUGACAUCAGCCAACUUGACAGGCUGCUUGCUAGAUUUCUUCAGCAGAAAGAACAGGAGCGGAUGCAACAUACAAUUCAUGUUUGAUCCUGAAAGGUGAAAGAAACUGACAAGACAUUCACAUUUUUCUGCAAUGUGUGUUUGAUAUAAAUGGAAUGUGUUUCAUACCGAACAACUGUAGGUUUUCACCUGAGCUUACAUUGACCAAUGAACCUUUUUAAUGGUGACUCGUAUGAAAUCAUUUAUUUACUAAGAGACAUUUUGACAUCGCUGUUUUUGGUGUAUUGUAUU